AUGAAUAAGGCAAACCUGAAACUCAUCCAAAAUGUGCAGUAUUAUGUUAGUUUUGUUUACACUGAGAAGACCCUAUUGGAUUCAGCUUGGAGAUCUAGUUCUGGUGUUCAGUGUGUCAUCUGGUGUCUGAUGUAUCCGCCGGUGGUACUCCUGCUGCUGGCCUUGCCGGCUCUGGCCUCGGCCCAAGGUCGAGACUGGCUACAGCGCAAACGGGUAAUGGACCCUCUGAGGGACGUCGUUCCUCAACUAUCAGGUUUAGCUUAUCUGACUAUAAGAAGAGCAAAGAUGUCAUCCGAUGAUUUUGAUUUCGAGGGAACCAACCUGGAGUGGCAGGGGUGGACGGGUAGUCUCCCCGACGGAGCCGUGUCCAUUUACAAUGGCUACACAAAGACAUAUGACUACAUCUGCAAGAACCAGUGCGAUUCCGGCUACUUCAGACCCAGCGAAAGCCCGACCUGUGUCUAUCCCUACAAUGGCAAUGCAAUCCGAACCGAAGACUUUUCCUUGCUGGUCAACAAAGACAAAUUUGAAAUCCUGGAGUGGCAGGAGGGCGCCCACGGUUCGGUGGCGUGGAACGCGGUCAAGAACUGCAAGGAGAGCGACAAAUACGUUGGCAAGAACCAAUAUGGUCUGGGCAAGGUGCAUGUCAGCCAUCAAGUCUUUUACUUGCCCUGGGGGGGAAAAGAGUACAACUACCCCACAGAGUACAUGUUCUUGACCAUCAAUGAAGAUGUUCAGGAGGACCACAUGCUGGCCGUGCACUACUACACCGAUGGCAUCAAUGUGGUGGAGCAUCCCCCGGAGAUGAUGAAGAACGACAGUAUCAAAAACCUCGACUGUCUGGAAGCCACGGUCACUGACACCCUCAGUAAGACCAACAAGGUGGAGCACAAGUGGCAGCACACCUUCAGCCUCUCCCUCGCAGCCAGCACCACCAUCACCACCGGUAUCCCCUCCCUGGCCAAGGCAGGCAUUCGCUUUAGUACAGAGACCAACAUUGCCAUCACCAUGGGCACCACUUACACCGAGACCAACGAGCACAAACUUAAGUUGACACUAAUCGUCCCGCCCAACCACUUGUGCAGAAUCCACAUGGUGGGCAAGAAGUACGGAGCGGAUAUCCCGUACACGGCGCGCCUCAAACGCACUUUUACUAACGGCGAGGUCAAGUGGACCACCGUCAGCGGGACCUACAGCAGCGUCCAGAUCUCGGAGGUCAACGGCGUGGUAGACCGCUGCAAACCGCUGCCAGACGCCAAGCCUUGCUAAAACGAACACUUGUUUUGACUUGUUACAAGAAUAAUAAAACCGACAUCCACAUCA